AUGGCGGACUUCAACGCUUCCACAAGCGCAAGUCCCUAUGGUAACGGCGGCCAGCGGGAGCAGGUGUUGGAUCUCGGCGCCAACGGCAAUGGCGGUGCGCCGGAAGGCGAAGCGGCAGGCGACGCCGAGAGCUUCCCACGCAAGAAGCGGAGGAAGCUGACUGUGGACGAGCGCAAGCGAGCUGUGAAAGCAUGCGAUGGCUGCAGGAAAGUCAAGGAGAAAUGCGAAGGCGGGCAGCCAUGUCGAAGGUGCACUCACCUGCGACGACCAUGCGAGUUCUCCGAACUACCUCCACGGGAACCAGAUCGUCGGGACACCAGGACUCGCGACCCCAGUAGCGACGACCUCACCAUGCGCGUAAAGUACCUAGAAGGGAUCCUCAAAGCCAAAUCCCCGGCAACUCCUCUCGAUACAGACAGUCUGCGCCGCCAAUACACCUCACUCCGCCCUUCACCCACUCGCCGCUCCACGAACAAUAACGGCAGCAACGCCCAAUCCGAGACCGAGGACGCCGACGACCUCAACGAAAUCGAGGACGAAAACAUCGAGAUCCGUCCCGUCGACCACAACGUCGCGCACUAUUCUGGUGAGUUCUCCUACUGGAACUUCAGCAUGAAGAUCAAGAAGCACGUUGAGGACUGGAUCGCAAACCCGCACGACCGGAAGGGAUCAAAGGACCUCCCUGAGUACUGGCGGCCGAGUGAGCUGAGCAGUGCUGGGGCGGCUAUGGUCAAGGCGGCGAUCGGGAACUUGCCGCCGCCGCAUAUUGCGGACUUUUUGGUUAGUGUAUUCUUCAAGUAUGCGCAGCGGAUUUAUUUCUAUGUUGAUCGGAGGUGGCUGGCGAGGCAGAUUGAUGUUGCGUAUAAUGAGGCGUGGAGCGCAAGUAUCAAGGAUCCGGGGACGGUGGCGAUCAUAUUUGGAGUGUUGGCGGUGGGGACGCAGUUUGCGCACAUGGAUGCGGGUACGAAGGAAGGGCAGCCCGUGCCGAAUGAGGAUGAGGUUGGGACGAUGUUCUAUCAGACGGCGACCAGACUGUUGCCGGAGAUGAUGCAGACGGCGAGCCUGGAGAGUGUGCAAGGUGUUUUGUUGUUGGCGCUGUACACUUUGACGCUAGAUGCGAGUGGGUUGAGCUAUGUUUAUUAUGGCUUGGCGAUCAGGCUGGCGAUACAGAAUGGGAUGCAUAGGCAGUAUAGGGGUACGGAGUUGAGUGCAGUGGCGAUCGAGACGAGGAAUCGCGUUUGGUGGACUGCUUGUUCGGUUGAGAAGAAAAUUGGUGUCUUCCAUGGUCGGCCUAUGUCUGUGCUACGCUCCGAUAUCGAUGCCGACUUACCCAAGGACAUUCCGGAGAUGCCUGAUGAGGAGGGUUUGAUCGAAAGGAUGAAUGUCUCAAUCAAGUUGAUCCACUAUCUCGAAGAUUUCAUGACAGAAAUACAGCAGCUCCGGAAACGAGAGAAGAAAGAUCUCCCGAACAUCGUCAGCCGGCUUGCGGAGCUGAAGACCGAGUUGACGACUUGGUGGGCAGCAAUCCCCGACAGUACAUUCAACGUCGAUCGGGUGAUCGAUGCGCCUGCGUUCCGGUCCUGCAUGCAUCUUCGUCUACUGUAUUGUCUUAUCAGGAUGUUCAUUGGACGACCCUUCCUCUUCACCGGAGGACGAUACUCAGAAGACAGUCCGAGCAGUCCACCUGACGCCCGGAAGCAGAGAACGCACUCUGCGGAAGGCCAGGAGCCGCCUUUCAUUGGUCACAAGAACCGUGAGAGCUCAAUGACAUCCACUGUAGAUGGCAAGAAGAGGCCAUCGCGGCGCCUAGCUCUGGUUCACGAGACGAUCGAUGCUGCUGUCGAAGCGUUGGACCAUUGCCGCACCCUAUACGAAGCAGAAGGUCUAGCACGAGCAUCAUACAUUGAGUACUCCUCAUGUCGCGCAUCGAUGCUAGCUCUCAUAGCAUACUCAAUCCAAGAGCAGACAGAUCAGUAUCGAGGCGUUAUGCAGAAGGGUCUAGAAAUGGUCCGUGAGAUGGCAAGUGCCGGAGACAGCGCCAGAGCCGAGUCAACACUCAUCGAAGCACUGGAGCGCGCGGUGGCGAGACUUCAAAUGUUCUCCCCAGGCUGGCAGCGGAGGAAGAGCGAAGUGCGAAGCGCUCCUGUCCCAGCUAAGCCGCCGCAGCCGAGCAACUACGAGAAGUUCAAGCACUGGCAGCAGACCUUGAAGCGAGGAAGCGACGCUUCUGAAUCAGCGCAAUUGCCCGCUGGCAGCAUGGGUCCACCUACCUCCAACUGGGACCAGACCCAACAGCAGCCACGAUCUCGGCAGUCAAUGCCCCUUGAAACAAUGCUCGACUUACCAUCGACCUCUCCCUAUGCCUACAGCGAUGCCUCAUCCACCAAUCCUGCCGCCACAGGCUACGCAAUGCCUGCCGCGUCCACCAGCUCUGACCCCGGCAUGUCCGAUCAGACGACGCAGUUCUUUCAGCAGCACCUCACUGAUGCGAAUCAGCAAGCGGCAGCAGAAGCAGCCUUUUUCCAGACAUUGCACGGCGGCAUGUCGGAUAUCACUCCGUCUGCGGCGGCUGUGAAUGGCUGGCUUACGCAGGCGAGGCCGGAGCGGCAGCUGCUGGAUCAUUUCUUGAACAUGCCGGAAGGGGAUUUUGAGAGCGUGGCGCUAGGAUGGCCCAGGGUCGGAGCUGAUAUGGGUCAAAAUGAGGGCGGGCAAGUGGCAGGGCAGGAUGCGACUGGAGCAGGGAACGCUGGGUUUGGUCUGAAUGAUACGCUCUGGUGGGAUCUUCCCGGGACGGGGAAUGGGAAUGGCGGAGGGGCGCAAUUGCCUGGGUUCGGCGGCUGGUGA